GAGGCAGCCCCAGCCAUAGAGAGACCGAGAGCUCCCAGAGAAGCCGGACUCCGCCAUCUUCACGUUGCAAUCUAUAGCUCCCAGUCCGCGCCCGCACCGACCCAGGCGCGCUGGGCAAGCCGACCCUCAGCCCCGCUCCCCCCGGGCCGCGGCGCCAGGGGAGCGCAGGGGAGCGCUCGUGGGGACCCGGCAGCCCCUCCGGCCGGCGCCAGCCUGCCAGGUGAACUGGGAAGGAACCGCUCCUGGAGUCCCCCAGAGCCUCAGAAGGGUCAGUCUCCGAGAAAAAAAAAAAAAAACAACAAAAAAAACCAGGCAGCCCUCAGAAAACCCAGAAACAACCGAAUCGGGGCAGUUUUACAUUGCUUUGGGUUUUUUGAGGGGGCGGGGUGAGGGGGGUACGAGACAAGUCCCCAAGUUUUCUUUGCUUUUUUUUUCUCCUUUUUCUUUUAUUAUUAUUAUUAUUAUUUUUAUUUCUUUGCAAUUUUUUUUCCCUCUUUUCCCCCCUCCUGGUAGAAGUGCGCUUUCCAUCUACCAGCCCCCGAAAGUGUCAGGAGCCGGUGCGAAAUCCGGUUUAAGUUCAAGAAGACAUUUGGAAGUCCAAGAGGCCAAGCAGUUUGAAGAAGUGCAAGCGAUUUUUUUUUCCUUCAAAAGAAUAUAUUUUUAAAGAAACCAGCCAGUCGGCGGCAAGCAACAGCAGUUUGAUUUUUUCCUCGUCUAUUUUAAACCGAGAGGUUUUUCUUUUCUUCUUCUUCUUCUCUGUGCAAACAAAACAAAAAGCAGUAUAGAAGAAAGAGCAAAAUAAAGAAGAAGAGGAGGAAGAGAGGGCAAGAGAGGAAGGGGAAAAAAAAAACACACACACAACACCAACCCGGGCAGAGGCGGCGGCGCGGCGGCGGCAGAAGCGCGGCGGCAGCGGCGGCGGCUGGAACCCCCUCCCCCGGCUCCCCUCAUCGGUGCAGCUCUCCGGGCGAUGCCAGAAUAGAUGCCGGGGCAAUGUCCCGCCGCAAACAGGGCAACCCGCAGCACUUGUCCCAGAGGGAGCUCAUCACCCAGGCUGAGCAUGUGGAGGCCGCCAUCCUCGAGGAAGAUGAGGGUCUGGAGAUAGAGGAGCCGAGUGGCCUGGGGCUGAUGGUGGGUGGCCCUGACCCUGACCUGCUCACCUGUGGACAGUGUCAGAUGAACUUCCCCCUGGGGGACAUCCUGGUUUUUAUAGAGCACAAGAAGAAGCACUGUGGUGGCGGCCUGGGUGCCUGCUACCAGAAGGGCCUGGAUAAGUGCAGCCCGCCGCCCCCCUUGCGCUCCGAGCUCAGGAAAGUGUCCGAGCCGGUGGAGAUUGGGAUCCAGGUGACCCCCGAUGAAGACGACCGCCUGCUCUCACCCACGAAAGGCAUCUGCCCCAAGCAGGAGAACAUGGCAGGGCCAUGCAGGCCUGCCCAGCUGCCAGCGAUGGCCCCCAUAGCUGCCUCCUCCCACCCUCACACAUCUGUGAUCACGCCGCCUCUGCGCGCGCUGGGCUCUUUCCCGCCCUGCUUGUCCUUGCCGUGCUGCGGUGCGCGCCCGGCCUCAGGCCCCGGGCCUCAGGGUGAGGGUGAGACGGAGGCUCCGGCCCCCUUUGGAUGCCAGUGUCAGUUGUCAGGUAAAGAUGAGCCUUCCAGCUACAUUUGCACAACAUGCAAGCAGCCCUUCACCAGCGCGUGGUUCCUGCUGCAGCACGCGCAGAACACACACGGCUUCCGCAUCUACCUGGAGCCGGGCCCGGCCAGCAGCUCGCUCACGCCGCGGCUCACCAUCCCGCCGCCGCUCGGGCCCGAGGCUGUGGCCCAGUCGCCGCUCAUGAAUUUCCUGGGCGACAGCAACCCCUUCAACCUGCUGCGCAUGACGGGCCCGCUUCUGCGGGAGCACCCGGGCUUCGGCGAGGGCCGCCUGCCGGGCACGCCGCCGCUCUUCAGCCCGCCGCCGCGCCACCACCUGGACCCGCACCGCCUCAGUGCCGAGGAGAUGGGGCUCGUCGCCCAGCACCCCAGUGCCUUUGACCGAGUCAUGCGCCUGAACCCCAUGGCCAUCGACUCGCCCACCAUGGACUUCUCGCGGAGGCUCCGCGAGCUGGCGGGCAACAGCUCCACGCCGCCGCCCGUGUCGCCGGGCCGCGGCAAUCCUAUGCACCGGCUCCUGAACCCCUUCCAGCCCAGCCCCAAGUCCCCGUUCCUGAGCACGCCGCCGCUGCCGCCCAUGCCCCCUGGCAGCACGCCGCCGCCGCAGCCGCCGGCCAAGAGCAAGUCGUGCGAGUUCUGCGGCAAGACCUUCAAGUUCCAGAGCAAUCUCAUCGUGCACCGGCGCAGCCACACGGGCGAGAAGCCCUACAAGUGCCAGCUGUGCGACCACGCGUGCUCGCAGGCGAGCAAGCUCAAGCGCCACAUGAAGACGCACAUGCACAAGGCCGGCUCGCUGGCCGGCCGCUCCGACGACGGCCUCUCGGCCGCCAGCUCCCCGGAGCCCGGCACCAGCGAGCUGGCCGCCGAGGGCCUCAAGGCGGCCGACGGCGACUUCCGCCACGAGAGCGACCCGUCGCUGGGCCACGAGCCCGAGGAGGACGACGAGGAGGAGGAAGAGGAGGAGGAGGAGCUGCUGCUGGAGAACGAGAGCCGGCCCGAGUCGAGCUUCAGCAUGGACUCGGAGCUGAGCCGCAACCGCGAGAACGGCGGCGGUGUGGGCGGCGUCGGCGGCGUCGGGGUGGGCGCGGCCAAGGCGCUGGCGGAGGAGAAGGCGCUGGUGCUGGGCAAGGUCAUGGAGAACGUGGGCCUGGGCGCCCUGCCGCCCUACGGCGAGCUGCUGGCCGACAAGCCCAAGCGCGGCGCCUUCCUGAAGCGCGCGGGCGGCGACGCGGGCGACGAGGACGACGCGGGCGGCUGCGGCGACGCGGGCGCGGGCGGCGCGGUCAACGGGCGCGGGGGCUUCGCGCCGGGCGCCGAGCCCUUCCCGGGCCUCUUCCCGCGCAAGCCGGCGCCGCUGCCCAGCCCGGGCCUCAACAGCGCCGCGAAGCGCAUCAAGGUGGAGAAGGACCUGGAGCUGCCGCCCGCCGCGCUCAUCCCGUCCGAGAACGUGUACUCGCAGUGGCUCGUGGGCUACGCGGCGUCGCGGCACUUCAUGAAGGACCCCUUCCUGGGCUUCACGGACGCGCGCCAGUCGCCCUUCGCCACGUCGUCCGAGCACUCGUCCGAGAACGGCAGCCUGCGCUUCUCCACGCCGCCCGGGGACCUGCUGGACGGCGGCCUGUCGGGGCGCAGCGGCACGGCCAGCGGGGGCAGCACGCCGCACCUGGGCGGCCCCGGGCCCGGGCGGCCCAGCUCCAAGGAGGGCCGCCGCAGCGACACGUGCGAGUACUGCGGCAAGGUGUUCAAGAACUGCAGCAACCUCACGGUGCACCGGCGGAGCCACACCGGCGAGCGGCCUUACAAGUGCGAGCUGUGCAACUACGCGUGCGCGCAGAGCAGCAAGCUCACGCGCCACAUGAAGACGCACGGGCAGAUCGGCAAGGAGGUGUACCGCUGCGACAUCUGCCAGAUGCCCUUCAGCGUCUACAGCACCCUGGAGAAACACAUGAAAAAGUGGCACGGCGAGCACUUGCUGACUAACGACGUCAAAAUCGAGCAGGCCGAGCGCAGCUAAGGCGCCGCUGCCGUCGCCGUCGCGGGGCUGGCGCGGGCACGGGCGAGCCCGUCCCUGUACAGUGGAACCGUUGCCAAGCGCGAGAGAAGGCUGAGCUGACUGGCCGCCGUGUCACCGCCCCUGAGCACCCCGCGGGGCCCCCCGGGGCCCGGGGGAGGCGGCCCUGCAUCCUGACCUGUGUCCCUCGAAGUCCUAGGGAAACCCCGAGGAUUGUUUAAGGCAGUAAAACAUUGUGGAGCCUUUUAACUGUGCAAUAAUUUCUGUAUUUAUUGGGUUUUGUAAUUUUUGGGGGCAUGUGCAGGUACUUUUUAUUAUUAUUCUUUCAGUUUGAAUUCCUUUAAAAGAUUUUGUUGGGGAUCCAUCCCUUCUUCAUUGUGUUUUUUUUUUUUUUUUUUUUUGGUUAUGUUUUGUUUUGUUUUGUUUUUUUAAGCCCUGUAGUAGCCUGAGAUAACUUGCAAUGUAGAGGGGAAACUUAUCUUUUUAAAUUAUAAUUUGGGGGCGGGGCGGGGCGCUGCUUUUUUGAAAUUUAAGCUAAGCAUGUGUAAUUUUUUGUGAAGAAGCCAACACCUCCAAUGACUUUUAAAGUAGUUGAACCCUUUUUCCCCCACCUUCUUUUUCUUUUGUCCCGAAAUGGAACGUGGCAUGCAUUUGAAGCUGGGGAGGGGGUGCGGAUGUACAGCGGGUAACAAUCUUUGAAGUUGUAGCACUUUGUUUCACAAUUGGAAUGGAGAUGUAGCAAUGGGGACGUCCUGAUGCAUUUUCUGUGUUGAUGGCAACCUUCACGUGGUAGACUGACUCUUUCAGUGGGGUGCGGUGGGUGGGGGUGCUCCCUGAGCUCGGCAUCCCCACAGAAGCAGGGAGCUUCCCAGGGCCACCCCACAAAUGGCGCGAGAGCUUUCUAAACUUGGGCAUUGCCGCAGAUAACUGUCCUUUUCUUGGAAUGGUGGCAUGCCCUGGGACACUUCCUUGCUGUGUGCUGUAGAUUAGGUAAAUAAAAUGAGGUGAGGGUGCUCUUUCUGGGUAGCUGGAGUAACACAGAAAGGAAGAAACCAGUGGUGGUGUUUCAGGCUUUUUCUGACUUGACAGCUUCUCCCUCACUCACUCUGUUUUUUUGUUUUUGGUUUUAAUCCCCCCACCCGCAUACCUCCCAAGUUGUAUGUUGCUGUGAGUGGUCAUUGGCCCUGUCUCAAGCAGACAAAUGCCCUGACGAUGAAUUGAGGAAGUUAGAGUUCUGUCAUUUAAUGCAUCCUGAUGACAUUGUAGGGAAGGAGGGAUGGGAUCUUAGGAAUUUCUGCUCCCUUUUACGGAAAAGCAGGGGAAGAGUUCCAUCUGAAAGUGCUCAGCGCUACUUCCCUUUUUUUUUUUUUUUAAGAAAAAAAAUUUAUCCCAUUAGGUUGGAAGGCACCAAACCCGGGACCCUUGAGGUUAGACAUUUGAAUUCUGUUGACCCGCACUUUAAACCUUUUGUUUGUAUUUGAAUUAAAUGGCUUCUAAACAAGAAAUUGCAGCAUAUUCUUCUCUUUGGCCCAGACGUGGGUUAAACUUAAAGGGACCGCUGAGAUCGAGUGUCAGCGUUGCUAAAGCGUGGCAUUCACGACGCUGGCACUAUAAAGAACAAAAUAAAAUAAUCACUUAUUGGACAGUUUUACUACUGCCAUUCAAUUUGACGUGAGUGCCUUGAAAACUGAUCUUCCUAUUUGAGUCUCUUGAGACAAAUGCAAAACCUUUUUUUUUUUUUUUGAAAUGAAAAGACUUUUUAAAAAAGUAAAACAAGAAAAGUACAUUCUUUAGAAACAAACGAGCAAAGCCACAUUUACUUUAAAUAAAUAAAUAAAUAAAUCCCGGUUGACGAUAGAGGACAUGAACUUGCCAUAUGACCCAGUCACAGGACGAAAUAAGCCCAGCACAACUUUGGACAUCCAUUAGCUGAAUUUGCCCCUUUUGUUUUUGGGACAAUGCUGCUUAGUUAUGGAGUGGAGGUGAUUUACUGCUGAAUUAAAACUCAAGUGACACAAGUUACACGUUGAUAUCGUUGAAUGAAAAAACAAUUCAGGAACAACGGCUAAUUUUUUUUCUAAAGUUACAUUUAGUGCACUCUGUCUUAAAAAUACGUUUACAGUAUUGGAUACAUACAAGGGUAAAAAAAAUUGUGUGUAUGUGUGUUGGAGCGAUCAUUUUUUUCAAAGUUUGCUUAAUAGGUUAUACAAAAAUGCCACAGUGGCUGCGUGUAUAUUGUUUUCUUUUGGUGACGGGGUUUUAGUAUAUAUUAUAUAUAUUAAAAUUUCUUGAUUACUGUAAAAGUGGACCAGUAUUUGUAACAAUCGAGAAUGCCUGGGCAUUUUACAAAACAAGAAAAAAAAAAAAAAGCCUUUUCUUUUCCUUGAAAAUGUUGCAGUAAAAUUUAAAUGGUGGGUCUAUAAAUUUGUUCUUGUCACAGUAACUGUAAAGUCGGAGUUUUAGUACAUUUUUUUCUGCCUUGGGUGUUGAAUUUUUAUUUCAAAAAAAAUGUAUAGAAACUUGUAUUUGGGGAUUAAAGGGGGAUUGCUACACCAUGUAGAAAAAGUAUGUAGAAAAAAGUGCUUAAUAUUGUUAUUGCUUUGCAGAAAAAAAAAAAAUCACAUUUC